CGUUUGAACGCCCCUUUGUCUGUCACACAAAUCCUAAUAUUGAAAGCUCCGAAGCCAAAAGGACGAAAAAUGGCCCCAAAUACUCCCAGUGAUCAAUUGGUGAAACCAAAGAAGCUAGACUUGCUGGCUACGAUCCCCAGACCGAACCCGUCCUUGUCCCUCUGGUCCAGGGCUGCUCAGAAUUCGUCAACUUCCCUCGACCCUGUUUCGUCUCUGAGUGCCAGUAUUAGCAGCUGGAUGAGCUCGUUGAGAUCCAAGGCCCAGCAAGCGUUGAAAGAGACCCAAGAGGAAGACUCCCGGUUCUUCCUGCAAUUGGAGAUCGAGCGGAAGGUGCAACAUGACAGCGCCAGGAUCGACGAGCAGAAUUUGGACAUGUUGCAUAUUUAUUUGGAGAAUCAAAAACAGAAGGCUGUCCUUCUUCAACAAAGCGUGUCUGUGGACAGCGAGGAUCAAGAAGUCGCGCUGGCUUCUGACACCAAGGCAUACCUGAGUGAAAACGACCUUCAGGAAUAUUUGGCAGAAGAAGAUGACUUAUUCGAGGACGAAGAAGCGCUUCUAAAUGAGGAGUACGAGGAAAGAUCUACCCAAUGGAACAACCAGGCGCCUCCUGAUCAGGUGUUUGAAAUUGGCUCUGAGUCGGAAGACGAACCCCCGGCUUCCCAGACUCGUAUAUCGUACCCAGUGUCGCAGCUUGAUACGUUAGCGUACAGUGCCAUUCAGUCAUACAGCGCAGCACAACAAAUCCUAGCACCGUCAGAAUUGGAUGAUGUCUCUGAUGAGUUUGAGGGCGACGAUUACGACGUCGACGCCGAAGAUAUCGACCAGCAUAGCGAUAUGGAUGAAGAAAUAGACGGGUACGAUGAGGCUUACCCAGAGGGUGAGCUCAUUGACGUAAAUUCAGAUGCUGAGGAUGAGCCCCCUUCCGAGAACGUUUACCUCUCCCAAAGCGAGACGCAUCCCGCUCAGAGAUAUCCCUCCCUCCAUCACAACGAAAGCAUCGAACCCUCCGAUGGAACAGGAUGGGAUGGAGUUCCUAGUGAAGAUGCUGGCUCUAGUGAAGUUUCACAAGACGAAGCUCAGUCUCAGCAGUCAUCCUCGUUGAUUAAUUCUGUACGCCCCAGGCUAAGCGACUACUACCCCGGUUACAACCAUCCACAUCAGUACAACCAGGACGUGAGCGACUCGGAUGUUGGGGAAGAUGAGGCCGCUGAAGAGUUUGAUCCAGAGAUACUAGGCUCCGAAGUGGAUGAUGAAAGCCAGUUUUCUCCAGAAGUACGGCAUCUCCAAGACGCUCCUCUUUCUGAUGGGUAUCAGUCUCCUAGCAGCGAUGAGGUGGAGUUCCUUGAGGCUGCCAGUGAGAGUGAAGAUGCCAGUAGGGUGGAAGUGGACAGUGCUGAGUCCAUCGACGAGAAUGAAUCGGAAGAUGUUAUUAUGGAGGAAGACGCUAAUGUUGACCCGUUUUUUGUCCAGCUUGCUCACCACGCCCUGGAACUUGCUCAUACCGUUUCACAGGCGGUCAGUGGCAUCAUCCAUAGCUCUGAUGGCACCGAAGCAAGAGUAGCCGGUUCAGCUGGAGGUGCAAUUGAAGUUCACGCCGAAGCUGCCGUUCCAGCUGAGUCUACGACCACGGCCCAGAUAGAGCUCUCCGCUGAACCAUUCCCUCUAUCUAGUGUCAUCGAUGCUUCUGAUGUAGAAGCCACAAAUGAGACCGUGGGGUUUCCACAGACCCUGGAUAAUGUCUCCGUCUCUUCAUGGGAAUCAUUUGAAGGAAUUCCAAAGUUCUCCACCGAAGUCCGUGAUAAUGAUACGUCGGAUGUGGAUAUCAACGGUUCAUUCGACAACGAACGCUUUUCGACCCCAGACACCCAGUUACCUCAGAUAGGUGUUGAGAAUGCCACUGUUUACUACGAUGCCAGCUUGGACAGUACUAUGUUCCAUGAAGUUGACAAUUAUGUUCUUGGAGAUGGGGAUGUUAAUGGGAACAAGACUGGAACCGGUGACUUUGGGAUUGAUAUGUUGGAGACUAGUGUGGCGGACCGGGAUGACGAGGAGGCCGCUGCUGAUACCCGUGCGGAACACAUUGCCGGGAACAUUUCAGUGGGAGAUGGUCUAGUAGAACUAACCGAGCAAUGGUUUGAGGUUGGGCCUGUACGGGGUGAUUCUCCGACAACCGAUUAUGCCUCCUCUGGGCCAGUGGCUAGCGCAGGUGUGAUUCCUGGCGCUUCACCUAUCUUGAACGAGCCUGUAUCUGACGACGGGGGUAAUCGAUCGGACCAAGACCAAGGAAAUUAUCUGCCCGAGUCCACCCCCUUUGAAGACCACACGGCGUCCGAGUUUUUGUCUCACUCCGUUGGCCUUGAGGUCAGGGUUAUACCGGCGGAUGGUGUAUUGAUAGAGCGUGACCAGAGCGAGUUGGCGUCUGUCGUAGAUGACACAGUUUACGUGGAUGCAGAUUCAGGAACUAUCCGCGAUAUCGAGAGAGACGAUACCCUACUGAGAACAUCAAGACAUGAUUCUACUUCAUCAGCUUCUCCGGAAAUCGUCGAAGCUAUACGUAAUAACCUCGACACCCAAAUUUUACAGCAGAUUAUAUCUGACAACGUUCACAGCGUUGAGCAACAACGGUCUACCGAAAUGGCCAAUACAUCGGAAGAGGUUGAGAUUGCGGAAAAUGAAACCGAAACAGAGGUUGAGGUGACUGACGUUAUUGGGGGCCCAGCUGUGGUCAAAGUUGAGAUAGAAAGGCGUGACGCUGGCAAUGAGGUUUUUCAUGACCCCAUGGUGGAUUUUGAAGCUGACGAAGAAAAGGUUGCAACCCCGGAGUCUUUUGCGGUGUCUGAAGUCACCCAAGACGUUGGUUCUCUGUCAGCCAACGAGACAAUAUUUUACGAGCCUGAAAAUGUCAACAAAACGGCUUCCCAUGAACCUCAAACAAUCAAUGAAACGGCUUUCUACGACCCUCAAACAAUCAAUGAAACGACUUUCUACGACCCACAAACAAUCAAUGAAACGGCUUUCUACGAUCCUCAGUCAGCCAAUGAAACGGUUUUCUAUGGCCCGAACAAUCCCCUGUCGGUGGAUGCUACCGAGGCUGAUGAGACCAAAUUUAUUGAUGUUCUAGACUCAAAUGAAAUAUCUGCAUCCAUUUCUGCUGCCCUUACGGACUUUUCGAUGCCAGAAACUAUUCCUGAGCCUGGAAGUGCUACCGCCGAAGUGUAUGGCGACGUUUUAAAUGUUGACGUCACGAAGAUAGACAGUCCGGAACCCACCUCUACGGAUAUCGCCCCGAUUCUCGCCAGAGAUCCGACUUCAUCCGGGGAACUCUCAGUUGGGAUUGUGGCUGGGGAGAUGGAUGCUGACACUACCCAAGUCAUUGAAGUGAGCGCUAGAACUAACGUUGUUGAUGACUAUGAGUCUCUUGCCAUAGGAGCCUCUGAGGAUUCGCUGCCAGGUCACAUUGAUUCCGAUGAAACUCAGUUCUUUGAACCUCAAGUUGAUAUGGAAGUUAUUGGCCCGGAACUGGGUGUCAGCAAAGAGACCACAGACGUUACUGUUGCUUUUGGCGAUCAAGUAGACGAAACACACUACUUUGAUGCUGAUGUGACCGAGGAGUCUAGCGUGGUGAGUGGAAAUGUUUUCAAUCCGGAUGGCUCAGCGGGUCCUGGUGACAAGACCGGUGGCCAGGAAGUGGUCGUGGCUGAUACCAUGGUUGGUGAGGAAACAGUGUUCCACGAACUGAUGGGUGAGCAAACGGUAUUCCAUGAGCUGAUUGAGGAGUAUAAUGGAGGCGAACCGAUUGAUGAGAAAAUUGAUAAUGGCUCAGAAGGUCGCAACUUUCCUUUCCCAAUAGAAACUGCGGAAUCUGACACUAUUGCUGAUAUCCCACCUUUGAACGAUCCAGCUUUAAAAGACUUUCAAGCCCAAGGGGGGGCUGGAAACCACUCCGUUCAUGAGCAAACCACUGUGAAUGAACUCUUUCUGGAUGACAAUCGUGAACUUUCCGCAGCUAACCGUUCCGCGGGGCUCUCUCGGAAUGAAAUCUUCCUGAAAAUUGCCCCCCAUCUCCGUAAGGGUCGUGGAAAGACCGUGGCUGCUUGGACUACGGAGGACUCUUUCAAUGCCAAAAUAGAAGCCCCUUCGACUGGCGAUGGACUGGCUGAGGGCUAUACACCCGCUCAAGAUGUCUUGGUUACGGAUACCACACAUCCCGGGGAUUCAUUGGAUGUGAGCCUUCUACUAGCUGACGAAAAAUUUCAACUCCCGGCGCCCGAGACGACUGUCGAAAAGGAGAACGAGAGUGUCUUACCGGAUGCUGAGCCCCCAGUUAGCAUCAAGUACACUCAAAACACACUCCUUGCUCCAGAGGAUGCGAAACUAGAGCUUCCUAAAAGAGGGUCCCGCAAGCGUUCGGUGUCCCCCGCCAAGUCUCGCUCUGUGUCUUCUCCCAAGGCCAGGUCCUCGUCACGUUCAAAGUCUGGGACCAGAACAUUUGACGGCAUCACUCUCCCAGACAAUGCGUCGACAGAGCUCGGUCCACCUGCAAACCGGACCCGAAACAUUGAAUGGAGAGCGAUUUCCGACGGGUUUAGCGAGUUGCCAAGUUCUGAGGCGAUGACGGACAUCACUCAGGUCUCCACUGACGUUCAGGAUCCUGAUUAUACCCGAAGUGUGAACAACACUGCGUUGGAGUUCGAACCGGCGCCUAGAGAGGAGGUUUCCACACGGAAGCUCCUUCCUAGUUCUGAACCCCCUGAAGAUUCUGACAUUGGGGCUGCGGGUGAAACGACUACCCAGGAACCCAAAGAAGAGGAAAAUUCUAAGAAUAUCAAGGCGGAAGAGAAUUCAAAGGAACUGGAGACCCCGGCCGCUGCUGUAAAGCCUGAAAUUGGAAACUCCGCAACUAGACUUGAAGCCGAGGUCACAGAAGGUAAGCCGACUGUUUCUCCGAAGAGACGUGGACGUCCUCCGAAGGUGCGUGCUAAUAAUUCUGCCGUCACCAGCGCAGCAGUACAGGUUGAGCCCAAGCAAAGAGAGGUGACGUCAGUACAAGCGGCCGGGUCCGAGGUAUUGUCACCAACCUUCGAACUUUGGACCACCCCAGGUCUGAACGUGGUAUCUGAAGCGCGUGUGCGUACGCCUGUUUCUGCCUUUGCGGCUAUUAACUCGCUCUUGCCAACGUUCGAUCCAACUGUCCAAGGGGAUAUCCAAGAACUUAGGAUGGCGGCUGGGUCACCUAACCUAGUGCAAGAGAAAUUUGAAGAGGAGGUCUCGAGGAGCGAGUCUGCCAAGCUUGAGAAAAAAAGACCGGAUCGCAAGUCUAAACGCGUGGCUGAGGCUUCUCCAGGUAAGCGUGGACGUGAUUUGGAUGCGCCGAUUGAAGAAGGGCCUGUAAGGAAGCGGGCCUCUAGGAGGCGUAUGACUGCGCGUGAUACCGAAGAGCAGGAGACGAGCAUACCAGCAGAGGCCGAAGUGCUUGAAAAUUCGGUUGGUACCAGCAACACUGCCAAAUUAACUAAGGAGACGUUUAUCACGGAUACCUCCAAUGAAGCUAAACUAGUAGCCUUGGAGACCGAAAGAGAUGUUGCUUCUGAGACUGGGGCAAAACGCCAAAAGGCUGCUAGAAGGAGAGGUGGGAAAACGGCUCCGGUUGAGGCUACCCCAGAGGUUGCCGAGACUGAAGCUCUAGAAGUGGUACCAAAAUCCGCAAGGAAGAGGCUGAGCUCUAAGCUAGGCUCUAAGAGUUCCGUCGCACGUGACGGUGUGAGCAAAGCAAAGCCUAAGAGAAAAAGAAAGAGGAACACCUAAGAGGUGUCAGGGUGUUAACCGUAUAUAAGAGCAACUUGUAUAUAUAAGGUGUGA